UCGCGUGCGUAUGACAGGCGGAAGAAGAGAGACCACAGCAGGGAAGCUCGCGCCAAACCACGCUGAGUCUCAUUCAUUCGAACCCGCCUGACCCGCGAAACACCGGCUGCGACCCUCAGAAACACAACAGAAACAACAGGAUGUGGAACGAGAAGAAACAGAGUCCACCUGCUGACCGUGGUCAGGCUGUCGCACUCAUCAUCUUCUUCCUCGGUUUGGGAACUCUGCUGCCCUGGAACUUCUUCAUCACGGCCUCUCAGUAUUUCAACGAGCGGCUCACAGUUCCCAACGUCACGUCUAACGGCACAGUGGGCAGCCCGACUAAAGACUACAACUAUGACAGCUGGAUGGCCUUGCUUUCCCAGCUGCCCCUGCUGCUCUUCACCCUGCUCAACUCUUUCGUGUAUCAGUGGGUGAGGGAACGCAUCCGUGUGGCCUUCAGCCUGAUCGUCAUCUUCUUCCUCUUCUCUCUCACUGCCGCUCUGGUCCCGGUCGCCAUGCAGCCGGACACCUUCUUCUCCGUCACCAUGGCAACCAUCUGGUUCAUCAACAUGUUCAGUGCAGUGCUGCAGGGCAGUCUGUUCGGUGUGGUCGGUCUGCUUCCUCCUCGUUACAGCACUCUGUUUAUGAGCGGUCAGGGUCUGGCCGGGAUCUUCGCCGCCGUGGCCAUGCUCUGCUCCAUCUUAAGUAAAGCAGAUAAAAGCUCGGCAGCGUUGGGAUACUUCAUCACGCCGUGUGUGGCCACUCUGGGGACUCUGCUCUGCUACCUGCUGCUGCCACACCUGGACUUUGCUCGUUUUUACCUGAGCAGAGCAGAGUGUGAUGAAUCGGAGAAGUCGCAGGAACUCCUCAGCAGCACAGACAAAAACAUGUUAAACCCCGAAGCCAACGGGAAGUUCGUCAGUGAGGAGGAGAGUCCGGAGCGCUCCUCCGUCAUGGCCGUCUUCAAAAAGAUCUGGGUCAUGGCUCUGUGUGUGACCUGCGUGUUCGCCGUCUCCCUGUCGGUGUUUCCUGUCAUCACGGUGCGAGUGCAGACCGUGUACAAGGACAACGCCGCCUGGGACAAAGUGUUCACCUGUGUUUGCUGCUUCAUCGUGUUUAACGCCAUGGACCUGGCGGGACGCAGCGCUCCGUCUCUGGUGCAGUGGCCGUCGAAGGAGAGCGUCCUGUUUCCUGUGGCCGUGUUGGCUCGUCUGGGCUUCAUCCCUCUGCUCAUGUUGUGUAACGUGGAGAACUCCAGAUUCGUCCUCUUCAGUCACGACUCUGCCUUCGUCGUCAUCAUGGCUCUGUUCUCCUUCUCCAACGGAUACUUGGCGAGUCUGUGCAUGGCCUACGCUCCACAGUUGGUGCGGUGUAAGGACUGCGAGACCGCCGGCUCUCUGAUGACCUUCUUCCUGGUUCUGGGUCUGGCUCUGGGAGCGUCUCUCUCUUUCCUGCUGGGAAAACUGGUUUAGACGACCGGAGCUCGUGAAACUUUGCUGAUCCUCGGCGGGAGAUUCGAACUGGAGCCACUGAAGAGACAAACAAAUAAUCUGGAAACGUAAGUGCACUGUUUAGAAAAGUGUUGAUGGACGAUUGGAAAAGUUCAGGGAUCAGUGGAGACGUUUGUCGCGCAGGAACAAACUGUGCGACAAACCAGAACAUGAAUUGUUUUUAUUUAUUAUCACAGCUUCACUCAUCUCCACAGGUAAAAAGAUGAUACACCACAGAGUAUUUCCACUUUCCCUUUUUCAAAUGAUUGAUCUGUGUUUUUACUGAGCGGAUAAAAUAAUCAACUUGUCAUUACAUGAAAAAUUCCUGCUUUUAUUCUGAAAACGAGACCGGUCCAGUUUCUCAGGUUUUCCAGUUAAUGUCUGUCCCUCCUCACGUCUUCAGCUGCACUGUUGUUGUCAGCAGUUAUGAGACAAACAGCAAACACUGUGUGAGGUGUGUGUUAGUGGACUUCUCACCCUGUGUGUCACUGUGUUGUGUGUAACAUGAAAUGGAAGAAAAGAGAUCAGUGCAGCCAAAAUCAACACUUUCACCUUUGCUCCUGUUGGUUAUAAACAAACAUGUUGACAGAUAAACAAAAAAAAAAUCACAUUUUUAUAUUUUCAUAUUUUAUGUUACUGUUUUUAAAAAUUCUCUUAAUCAUUGAAGUUUAAAAAAAAAAUCUUAUUUAUCCUUUGAUGUUCUGGAUUUUGAAUGGAAAGUUUUAACUGUUCUGUAAUGGGUUUGUUUUUAUAUUAAUGUAUUUUACAUUCUGUUGCAGCUCCUGUUCAUUUUGUCACAAAGUGAACAAACAUUAGUUUGUUUGCUUGUUUGUUUGUACAUUUUUAUUGUUUGCUUUUUUUAUUGCUUUUUUUGUACUGACACGGUUUUAAAAAAAUAUUUUUAAUAAAUUUGUAAAAAAGUU